AUGACUGGUCAUCAAGAUGCCCACAACCAUCGAUACUCUGAGAUGAUGGUGCGUGAGAUUUGUCUGUUGCGGAUAUUCAAUGAUGACCAUAUAGUGUCAAUGAUUGAAGCAUUUAGAUACAAUGGUCUUGUUCACAUAGUGUUCCCGUUGAUGCGUUGCAACCUUUACAGAUAUUUGGAGUUAAAUGGGGGAGCUUUAACUAUAGAUGUCACUAAAAAGUUUCUAAUAUCAGAAAAGUUGCCAAAGGUAUUGAGAGGACUAAACUACAUACAUAAUCAGAAUGUUGUACAUCGCGAUAUCAAACCAGAAAAUAUUUUACUUUCAGCCAAUGGUGUAAUCAAAAUUUGUGACUUUGGUGUGUCUCGCAUGUAUUGUGCAGAUCAAACACUAGAUCUGAGCACUGAAAUGGGCACUGUCUGGUACCAAGCACCAGAAAUGCUGAUGGAAUCAACAAAAUAUGAUGCUACUGUUGACAUUUGGUCAGUUGGCAUUUUGUUCACGGAAUUGGUCAACAAGAUGCCUCUUGUCACUGAAGAUACCAUUAUCAGUCAAUUAUAUGGAAUUACAAAAAUACUGGGUAAUAACAACUGUGAUUUGGCAGUUGUAGACAAGUAUUUGCGCAAACACGGUUUUAGCCUUAAUUUAGAGGCUAACUUUAAACCACUAUCUCAAUCUUAUACAGUCUCAAAAACUGCCAUGGCACUUCGAAAAGUGUAUGACUGGUGGCCGACACACCUAAUGGAAAUAGUGACAUAUUGUCUGCAGUUUAACCCAAAUAACCGCAAAAAUGCUGUACAGUUACUAGACAUGAAAUUUUUUACUGCCGGAACAUUCUUGUUACGCUUUAAUAAAGAGCUGAAUAUCAAACUGAAAAAUGACAACGCAAGAUACCAACAAACUAAAUAACAGUUUAUCAUUGUACCACA